GUACACAAUGUCACUCGUACGAAGAAACAACAAAAAUAAUGGUGGUGGCCUUAUCAACACGCUUAUAAACAAAUUACCACACGAGAUUCACGUGCCCGGUUAUCAAUAUUGUGGACCUGGAACAAAUUUUAAAAAACGUUUAGCUCACGGAAAUAAAGGAAUCAACCCCUUGGACUCGGCGUGUAGAGAUCACAAUAUUGCGUACGAUCGUAGUAACUCUAUCACAGAUCGUAACGAGGCUGACUAUAUACUAGAGCAGCGAGCCUGGAAUAGGUUCAAGGCAAGAGAUUCUAGUCUAAAAGAAAAAGCAGUAGCUUGGGGCGUGACUACGGCCAUGAAAGCAAAACGUAAAAUCGGGGCUGGAUGUGGGUUUAAAGCGGCCAUCAAAGCUGUUAAAAACGCUAUAAAGAAAAAUAUAGAUGCAAAAACAUGUCGCACGAAAAACAUUCAAAAAUAA